AUGUCGGCAGGCGUGCCCUCGGUCCAGUACAACGGCAAUGAGCCGAACAAUAACUCGGGCAAGGGGAAAGUCGUCGUGAGGGAGGAUGACGGCAAUGGCGGAGGCAUAGACAACGAGCAGCCGAAUGCCGCAGAAACACGCGCCACCGCAGCUGCCCAGACCAUCAGCGAGCAGCAAUUCCAAGAACUGUUCUCCGGCCAUGGCGAGCUGCCCGUCGAGAUCGUGACGCCUCCCCGUGGUCGUCGACAACAAUCUGCACAAGUGUCACCCGGCCAACAACCCACUGCCGCCCAAAAAUCGGCCCGCGAGAAGGCAAAAGCCAAAAAAGAAGCGGCCGAGAAGAAGAAGCGCAAGCAGCGCAAGAUCCCCAGCAGUGGAAAGCCGACAGCCGGCCCGAAGAGUCAGAAGAACGAUUCUGGAGGAAGAGUCUCCCCCGACCGGAAACAAUCUGAUUCGCCUCGACAAUCUGGAAGACAGACAGCAGCCGAUGGGAAGAGAAAGUCAGAGUCCAAGAUCAGACCGGCUGAGCCCCCGCAAUUCGAGCCGGCAAAAAGUAGCGCGAGUCGGGAUCAAGUCGGCUUCACCGGGAAGCUCAAGUUCGCCUUCAAGAAGGUGUUCAAGGACGACCAGCUGGAGAAGAACGAGCAUCUGCUGAAGGAGGGAGAUGACCUGGCGCCGACAAAAAAGGGGAAGGAUGCAAAACAGAAGAAGAAGAUGGUCGUCAAGGACGACAAGGUCGAAGACGUCGCCGCCACCUCGAUCCGCAUCAAGGACAUUGCGCUGCGAGAAGAUCUGGUGCUCGUCAAGAAUUUUGACAACAACGGCCAGCUCUUCAUCAAGAAUCGCCCGUUCUGGCGUGCGAUGGCUCCUGAGGAAGAAGACACCAACGACACGCUUCCGAUGGCGUCAACCGUCGUGCUUGACGUGGCCAACAAGACGAUCGCCCUCACCGAGCCGCCCGACGAGGACAUCAAGUUCGACGUGUACGCCGAGCAGGCGACGCUCGCCGCCCGAGACGCCGACCACUUCAGCCGGGAACUCAUCUUUGGAAACACGGUGCGAAACAUCAUCGCGACGAUGAACUGCGACGACAGCCAGCAGCGCGAGGACAACACCCGCUGUCCGCACAUUUGGUACAAGGACCAGCCGACCCGGAUGCAGGAGUACAAGUUCAACCCGCUCACCCACGAAAUGAAGUCCCGCGAAAUGCCCUACGUGCGCACCAACAUUGGCGUCGUCCACGGAAAGACGAAGGACAAGGGCCUGCGACGAGUAAUGCGCUUCAUCUUUCCACCACCAGCCGUU